CUAUAAAAGGUGGUGUAAUACCACUGACAGAUAAUGUGUUGUUACACUACUUAACUGCAAUCAGCUGUGACAGAAGACAGCUUUAACCAACUACCCUGUAAUUAUGCUAAAGUUUCUACCAAACGACAAGUCCCGAUUGGCUAGGCCAGAGCCCUGCCUUUCUAGACAAGGCUAAUUAUUUUGUCCACUCACCCGUUCUUUCACUUCAAGUUUUGACCUGUGGAGUAAUGUAGAGCAAUAGAUGCACUGAACUAUAAUACAGAAGAUUCCUUAUAAACCACAAAUAACAUUUGUCAUAAGUAUUAGCAUCUAUGUCUCCAUACCAGAAAAAAAACUGCUAGCCAUUUUUAGUUCAAGUAAAACUUGUUUCAAGGCUGAGGUAUAUUUAACCUGAACAAUUCCUUAUGUGGCCUACAGACAGUUGUCCAGCUGAGAAGGUGUAUUUUCAGAAAACACGGUCAAAACAAAUGUUUUACCAAAUUCUGACUUUACAGACAAGUGCAGCUUAAAGGAUUUACAACAACAUGGCUACAUCAUGCUAUGCAAAGACCAUCCUUCAACCAAGGUAUCAGAAGUGGUUGAAAGGUUUCCCACAGCUUGAAAUGACAGAGAGCCUUAUAUAAAGGACAUGCCUAUUCUACAAAUAAGGAAUAUUGCUUAGUAGGAAUUAAUCUGAAGAAAUACAUUGUAUGGUAAAACAUGUGACAGACUAUCAAACUUCUGAAUGCCCAGAGAGCAUUUAAUUUUUGACUGAUCCAAAACACUUACUGUCACUGCACGUGCUACAAUGGAAACUCCAAGAAAAACACAAAGCUUUGGUAUCUGUGUUGCCUAUACAUAUCUGCUAGCAUCUAGUAUGGUGUUCACCAUGCUUCUAGUUUCUUGUUGCUCAUCUUUGAACGUAAGAGCUCGUCCACUUGUUUCUAAUUCACCUUUUCUUUCUAUAUGGAAUGCUCCUACAGAACUUUGUACUGAAAGGACUGGAGUGCAGCUGGACAUGAAUUUUUUUUCUCUCAUUGGAAGCACAUUGAAGACAUCCAUUGGACAAAACAUCACUCUUUUCUAUCCAGACAGGCUUGGCUACUAUCCUUACAAAAAUGAACUCACGGGAGAGGCAUUCAAUGGAGGACUCCCUCAGCUCUCACUGCUGGACAAUCAUUUAAAGAAAGCCAAAGAAGACAUUCAGUUCUAUAUUCCUUCAGAUGAACAGUUUGGGUUGGCUGUCAUUGACUGGGAAAACUGGAGACCUGUGUGGAUAAGGAACUGGGGAUCAAAAGACAUUUAUAGACAGGAAUCCAUUGAACUCGUUCAGCAGAGAGACCUCAGUCUAUCAGAAGCUGAAGCCAGGGCUAUAGCAAAAAUGGAAUUUGAAGCCGCAGCAAAAUCCAUUAUGCUGGAAUCUUUAAAGCUGGGCAUUAAAAUGAAGCCAAAUCGUCUGUGGGGUUAUUACCUUUAUCCAGACUGUUAUAACUAUGAUUACAAACAAAACCCACAUAACUAUACAGGAACCUGUUUAGAUAUUGAAAUAGAAAGAAAUAAUGAGCUUAACUGGUUGUGGGAGAAAAGCACAGCACUUUAUCCAUCUGUCUAUCUAGAGACUGCCUUAAGAUCUUCCAGAAAUGCCCAGCUUUUUGUUCGCAACAGAGUUCAAGAAGCCAUUAGAAUUUCAUCUGUCUCUAACUCUACUCAUCCCCUUCCAGUUUUUGUAUAUACCCGUCCAGUAUUCACAGAUGUCUAUGAGGAAUAUCUCUCCCAGGAUGACCUGGUAAAUACUAUUGGAGAAUCUGCUGCGCUCGGUGCUUCUGGAAUUGUAAUCUGGGGUGAUAUGAAUUUAACACAAACAAGGUAUGCCAGCUUAAUUUUAUUACAUGACUUUUUUUUUUUCUUUUCUAAAGCAAUUAUGAAAAGGAUAAAAAGCAUCAUCAUUACUUACAUUUUAUCUUCUAGUUUUAAAAUGAGAUUCCCUGUUGCCACAAACACCUGUAGAACCCUGGACAACUACCUUAGGAAGACUCUGACUCCAUAUCUCAUCAAUGUCACAAUGGCAGCCAGAAUCUGUAGCCAAGUGUUAUGCCAAGACUCUGGUGCUUGUGCACGGAAAAAGUGGAAUUCCAGUGACUACCUUCACUUGAACCCUGAGAAUAUUGUCAUUCAAAUGACAAAGGAUGGAAAGUAUACUCUACGAGGGCAACCAGCAUUUGAGGACCUGCAAAUAUUCAUAGAAAAAUUUGAUUGCCACUGUUAUGCAGGGCAUAGUUGUAAACCUAAAGCUGAUAUAAAUGACAUCCAUUACCUCCAUGCCUGCAUUUCGAAAGAUAUUUGCAUUCAGAUAUCUUCAAAUUCAUUUUCUAAUGUAGAAGCCUCUGAAGAAAACAUCCUGUCUAACAGAACUGUAUUGUCAUUUACCUUUCAGAGUGAGGUGAUAUUACCUACUCAUUCUGAAACAGAAGAUUUCCAAUCUACCUUCGGAAAUAAUAUACUCAAUCAAACAAUUGAAGAAUAUAACACUUUCAUAGCUGCCACUAGAUAUGAUGUAGAAGCAAACGAUACUCGUACUUUUAGUAGUUCUUCAUCCUGUAAGAUAAGGAUGUUUAAUCUGUUUUGUUUAAUUUUAAUUUUGAGAUCCUUAACAUAAAUGAUUCACUAAAGUGAGAACAUUCUUUCCCCUGCCUAUGCUUGAGAUUCUGAAGGUUUUAUUUACCAACAAAACUUAACUCCUGAAAGGCACAUGAUCUUAUCUGUAUCAGGUAACAUUUUCCAUUCUAUAGGUGACACUUCAGCUUGAAUGUGUUUCUUCAGUUU